AUGGCGACCGCUCCUGUCACGGUGGUGCCGCGCCUGAAGCUGGGCUCCCAGGGUAUGGAGGUCUCGGCGCAGGGCCUCGGCUGCAUGGGCAUGUCCGCCUUCUACGGCCCGCCCAAGCCCGAGCACGACAUGGUCGCGCUCAUCCACCACGCCGUCGCCGCCGGCGUCACCCUGCUCGACUCCUCCGACAUCUACGGGCCGCACACCAACGAGAUCCUCCUCGGCAAGGCGCUGCUGGGGGGCGUGAGGGAGAGGGUAGAGCUGGCCACCAAGUUCGGCAUCUCGUUCGCCGACGGCAAGCGGGAGGUUCGCGGGGAUCCGGCCUACGUGCGGGCGGCGUGCGAGGGCAGCCUCGAGCGGCUCGGCGUCAGCUGCAUUGACCUUUACUACCAGCACCGCGUCGACACCAGGGUGCCUAUCGAGGUCACGGUUGGAGAACUCAAGAAGCUUGUCGAAGAAGGAAAAAUAAAAUACAUCGGAUUAUCUGAAGCAUCUGCAUCAACAAUCAGGAGGGCUCAUGCUGUUCAUCCUAUCACUGCAGUUCAGAUGGAGUGGUCACUGUGGUCAAGAGAUGUCGAAGAAGACAUAAUUCCAACUUGCAGAGAACUUGGAAUUGGAAUUGUUGCUUACAGCCCACUUGGUAGAGGAUUCUUCUCUAAAGGAGCAAAAUUGGUUGACUCACUAUCAGACCAGGACUUCCGCAAGAAUUUACCUAGAUUUCAACCAGAGAGUCUCGAGAAGAAUGCCCAGAUAUUUGAGCGUGUUGAUGCGAUGGCCACAAGGAAAGGAUGCACACCAUCACAACUUGCCUUGGCUUGGGUUCACCAUCAGGGAAGCGAUGUUUGCCCCAUCCCUGGGACAACAAAAAUUGAAAAUUCCAACCAAAAUGUGGGAGCAUUAGCUGUGAAGCUCACACCAGAGGAAAUGGCUGAACUCGAGUCUUACGCGGCUGCAGGUGAUGUUCAGGGUGACAGGUACCCUCCAAUGGCUAGUACUUGGAAGGAGUCUGAGACCCCUCCAUUGUCAUCUUGGAAAGCUGAGUAG